AUGAGACAACUCAAGCAUCACGAACAAAAGCUUCUAAAGAAGGUCGACUUUUUGCAAUGGAAGAAGGAAGACAACAUUCGAGAGAUCAAGAUUAUCCGACGAUACAACUUGCAACAGCGAGAAGACUACCACAAAUACAAUCGACUUGCAGGUAGCAUCAAGCAACUUGCCAAUCGUAUUUCGCUUUUGGACUCUCGCGAUCCUUUCCGUGCCAAGCAAGAAAAGGCACUUCUCGACAAACUUUAUGCUAUGGGCAUCAUCACAUCUACCAGCAAAUUCAGCGACUGCAACAAGGUCACCGUAUCAGCAUUCUGUCGAAGGCGGUUACCGAUUGUCAUGUGUCGACUCAAAAUGGCAGAGACGGUCAAGGAAGCUACCACCUUCAUUGAACAAGGCCAUGUGCGUGUCGGCCCUACUACCAUCAAUGAUCCUGCAUACCUCGUUACUCGUACUAUGGAAGACUUUGUCACUUGGGUGGAUACUUCCAAGAUCAAGCGCAAGAUUAUGAAGUACAAUGACAAGUUGGACGACUUUGAUCUUUUGUAG